AUGCGUACCACAUUCUCCGCUGUAGCCCUAUCGGCUGCCGUCCUCGCACCUCUUGUCUCUGCCCACGGCCACGUCUCAGGCGUUCAGGUCGCUGGUGACUGGACCCCUGGCGCAGAUCCCGUCUGGUUCUAUCUGCCCGCAAACCAGCAGGCAAAGACUGCGGGAUGGAAGGCCCUCAACCAGGACAACGGCUUCGUCUCUCCUGACGCCUUUGGCGGCAACGACAUUGCUUGCCAUAAGAGCGCUACCCCUGGUGCCGACUACAUCGAGGCAAACCCAGGAGAGACCUUGACCUUCUACUGGAACACCUGGCCCGAGAGCCACAAGGGUCCCAUCAUCAACUAUCUCGCUCCUUGCAAUGGUGAUUGCACCACUGCCUCCGCCUCCUCCCUCCGCUUCACCAAGAUCCAGCAAGCCGGUCUCAUCACCCCCGGCGGCACCGGAACCUGGGUGACCGACCAGCUCAUCUCGAAGAACUUCACCGCGACGCUCACGCUCCCCUCCAAGCUCAAGGCCGGCAACUACGUGCUCCGCCACGAGAUCAUCGCCCUGCACGGCGGCCAGAGCGACAACGGCGCCCAGGCCUACCCCCAGUGCCUCAACCUCAAGGUCGGAGGAAGCGGCAGCGUCAGCCUGCCCAGUGGCACCGCCGGAAACGCCCUCUACAAGAGGAGCGAGCCCGGCAUCAUCUUCAACUUGUACACCAACCCUACUAGCUACACCUUCCCUGGCCCCGCUCUCUGGACCGGUGCUAACUAG